AGUUGGAGGGAUGCCUUUACAGAACAAACAUCAAAAUUAAAACGCAAAAUGCUUUUUUAAAUUCCUCAAUGAAAUAAAUUGUGAACUACUUAUAGAUUAAUAAUAUGUGAGUGAAAACAUAGCUUUAUUUUUUUUUGUUUACGCAAACAAGUUUUGCGGCCAGUGCUAUUUACAGCUUAGAAUGAACUUUGCGUGUUGUUAAGCCAAAGCGAAAUGAAGAUGGAACGCAUAAUAUUACUGGUAGUCUCACCUCUACUGAUCUCCACAAUUCAGCUUCCAUCAACUGUAGCUGAUGGAACCGUCUUAUCGGCUGUAUUAACUCCAAUUAGUGGCGAAACAUUGCAACGUCAGGAGAGAAGUUAUUACGAGAGAUAUGGAGCAAGAAGACCUUUGUACGAUAGACUAGAGUACGACAGAUCAUCGUCGUGCGGGAGAUGCUAUGAUAGAUAUGAUGACAGAGAUGACGACAGAGAUGACUACGACAGAGGUCGGGACACUUACGAUGACGACAGGCGAUCAAGUCAUCGACCAACUUCUGGUAACAAACAUGACAAGAACGACUAUGACGACGACGAUAGAAGAUAUAGCAACGACAGGAAGAAUGGACAAAAAAAUUCAACAGAGGAUGAAAAUGACAACGAUAAGAGGAGGCCUCACGAUGACAAAGACAGACAUAGCGGAGGGAGAAGGGGAAACAGGGAUAGACAUAGAUACGAUGACAGAGAUAGAUACAGGCCUGAUUAUUACGAUAGAUUCCUAAGGGACCCAUAUAGAGAUAGAUACGACAGACCGUACUACGAUGAUCCGUAUAGAGAAAGAAGGCCUUAUUACGAUAGAUAUUAUCCAAACCCGAAUAGAUACGACGACGGAUACGGAAGUAGAUACGAUGGAUAUGAAUAUACAGGAUACAGGAGGCCUUAUUACGACGAUCGUUAUGACAGAGGCAGCACGUAUAAUGACGCGUAUGGAGGCUACGGACCCGGCGUUGGAAGGGGACCACAUGACAGGCCCUGGGACGAGACGUACCGCGGUCAGGCGGGUUGGGACGCAGGAGGCCGCGGGUAUUACUUCGCGUCUGGGAGGCCUGAAACUGCACCAAGUCAGUACUGGGGACGUCAAGAAUAUUCGAGGCCACAAUCAACUGGAUGGCAGGGUGUCGGAUACUCGAGCGGAAACAGAGAUCCAGUAGAUUACCGCGGAUCUUUUGGCUACGCACAGACGGGUGGGUACCGUACGGACUUAAGUUCGGGAUACGGGCAGUCAAGUGGAUGGCACAGCGUUGGUGAGAGGAGACCGUAUCGAGAUCAAAGUGGUGUUCCUCAGCUUGAUAACAAUGAGAGUGAUGGAAAUCGAUAUGGCCAAGGCUUUGGUCGUCAACCAGGUUACAGUCAACAGAACAAUUAUCCAGCCGGUGCAAAUAAUUACGGCUCGAGCAGCACCACCAGCUAUUUGUACGAGCGCGAGGACAACCAAGUGACAGCUACACCAGCUAACGAUACAAAUCAGGCGCCAUCUUAGAUAUCAUUUGACUUGAAUUUAUUUUUUAUAAUAUACUCAAAAUGCGGAGCAUAUUUUUUGUAUAUAUACGUUUAAUUGCAAAUUAAUUUUAUAUAUUAAUAAUACAUAUCAUUAUAUCAACAUUUUUAAAAUUAAGUAUCGUUCACCACAUUGUUUUGGAUGACAAACCAUUGGCCUGCUGUCCAUUAUAAAGAUGCCAUCUUAGACAUUAUUUUUAAACAUGUUUUUUAUUUUGUACAAAUUUCAAACAUCCGUCCAUUAUGUGUUACUUUUUGUAUUUUAACAUUAAAAAAAAACGAAUAAACUGAUUUUGUAAACUAAAUCCUGUCCAAGUCUAUUUAUGGAUUUUUAUGGAAUGUUUUAUAGAUAGAACAUAUUUAAUUUUCUCUAGUAACUAGGUAUUCCAAAAAUAAAAAUCACCAAGAACAUAAAUUGGAAAGGGGGGCUUCCAGAAACGUUGUAUAUUCCUGUAGAUCCUAUGAUUUAAGCAACUGCUAUGGUGCUUGGUGCGCGUUCAAUUGUUUUCAGCGAAACUUUUAUCCGCAAAUCCGACAAAUCUGAACGUCGUUUGUACAAAACUUGGCUCCCUUUUUACAUUAAUUUUCUUUGGUGGAAAAUUAAUAAAGUAAAAAAAGUUAUAUCCUUUAAUUAAUAUUAAUAAAUACAUGAUUGAGACUAUUGUUCUUGCGUUUACAGUUUCAGAAACUGUAGUUAUUUCAUUCAGCAUUUAUAAGUAAAUAUUACAGUUAUAUACCUACUUAUCUAAGAUAGAUUAUAUGAUAAUAAAAUCAUAAAUACUC